UGCCCACCCCAGCGCAAGCGAAGCAGGCAGAAGCCGCAGCGAGGACCACACUACGGCGCCCCCCCAAGACGGAGACGCAUCAUACUGUGCCCCCAGCGGCCCCGCCCACAUGGAGACGCGCAUGCGUAAUGUGCCCCCAGCGGCCCCGCCCGGAAGGGCCGGUUGAUGACGCCACGGAAAGGAGUGCGACACGCGGAAGUUUCCGGCUUCUUUUUGGCUCCUGGAACCUUCCUUUCUCCCCCUGCGCGGGCGCCCGAAGCUGUUUGAGCGCCGCACGGAGCGCGGCUCGGCAACAUGGCGGCGCUCGUGAGCUGCUGCUUGAGGAGAGAGGAGUGGAAAGAUGGAAAGCUCUUCUGGGCAGGAGUUUCUUUUGUGUUUGGGCUCAAUGUCCUCGCUAUGUAUUUCCCAGGAUUGAUCAACAUGUCUCAGCGGUUUCCUGUUCUAUAAACAUACAGCAGUCCAGUAGACCCUAUGCAGCUGCCGCAAAAUCUGCAAAAAACCCAGCAAAGGAUGUGAAACAGAAAAAAUCUGAAACAGCAACAGCAAAGGGAAGGAGAACUUCCAGACCAUUGGCAAGCAAGCCGGUGGAUGACGUGUAUUUAGUAAGGUUGUAUAAAAGGCCAGUGUAUGAGGUAGAGGUGGCUCUGGACAUGCUGAGGAAGUUUCAGGAAUUGGACUUCACUAAUCCAAAACAAUACAUAUAUGUUAAUAUAACCCUGGAUAUGACACUGGAAAAGAAGAAAAAAGUGGAUCCGUUUGCGAACACCAUUCAUCUUCCCCAUCAUUUUGAAGAGGAAAUUAAUAAAAUUUUGGUGUUUACAGAGAAUGCAGAACAAGCUGAAAUAGCAAAAGAAAAUGGAGCUGCCUUUGUAGGAGGGACUGAACUAAUUCAAGAGAUUUUGGACGAUGAAAUCCAAGCAGACUUUUAUAUAGCUGUUCCUGAAAUAAUUGGAAAACUGAACCUUUUAAAGAGCAAGCUAAGAAAUAAAUUUCCAAGCAGCAGAAAAAAUUCUUUGGGUCCUGAUAUCCCCCAAAUGCUGGAAUUCUUUAAAACAGGCCAUGCAUAUAUGGUGGAAGAAGAUUGUCUAAUCAGGUCAAGAAUAGGAAGACUGGAUAUACCAAAUGAACAAAUACUUGCCAAUUUGGAUGCUGUUAUUAAGGAUAUCUGUACACAUAGGCCAUUGAGCUAUGGUGCUUGUGUCUAUCAAGGCUCAUUGUUUGAGAACAACACAAUUUGGAAGCCAGAUUCUUGCCAAGACUGCAGUUGCCAUAGUAAUAUUGUCACCUGUGAACCUGCUGUCUGCAGACACCCUUGGUGUGACUUUCAGAAGGGUGAAGUGCUCCAAAUACCUCCAAAUAAGUGCUGCCCUGAGUGUGUCUUGGGAACUAAAGGAUUUUGCCAACACGAAGGACAGACACAUGGGCAUGGUACAGAAUGGGCAAGCUCUCAGUGCACAAUGUGUUUCUGUGCCAAUGGGACAGUUCACUGCUCCCCUAAGCUCUGCUUGGUCCCAUCUUGUGGCAGCGGGGAACUGGAAUAUGUCGCGCCAGGAGAUUGCUGUCCCAAAUGUGUGGGGAUUGGUGAGUCCUGCUCCUUUGAUGGCCAAAUGUUCCGGGAUGGCGAGGAGUGGCAGCUCAGCCCAUGCUCCAAAUGUUUCUGCAGGAAUGGAGCAACUCAGUGCUUCACAGCAGAAUGUCGGCCUGUGGCAUGCAGCAGGGAUGAAGUUAUGAUUGUAACUCCUGGAAAAUGUUGUCCAGAAUGUGUUCCAAAGCCCUGCUCUGUAUCUGGAGAAGCAUACAAGCAUGGUCAGCAAUGGAAGAAAAAUCCCUGCACUACCUGUAUAUGUCAUAGAGGGGAAGCCAGAUGUGUAAGACAGGCCUGUGCCUCACUCACCUGUGAGAAGGAUCAGAACAAAGUGCAGCGUCCAGGGAAGUGUUGUGAGGAGUGUGUGUCUUCCAAAGGCAUCUGCUUAUCUGAAGGCAUCAUCAGGUACCACAAUGAGAUGUGGAAUGGCACUCGCUGUGAGUUCUGCAUGUGUGAUGGAGGGCAAGUCACUUGCCAGAACGCAGAGUGUGCCAAAGUGGAGUGUGCCUGGGGUGAAGAAUUAAUUCAUUUAGAGGGAAAGUGCUGUCCUGAAUGUGUUUCAAGUGAUAGUUACUGUGUUUACAAAGAACAUACCAAAGAUAUUUUUUUCUCUGAUACAAGUGAGGGAAAACAUAUCAAGAAUGGAGAGAAAUGGAAAGAAGGCCUGUGCAAAGAAUGUGAAUGCCGGGACACCCAGGUGAUCUGCUAUCGCCGCUCUUGUCUGCUUUGCCCACUGGGCAGCCUGGCAGUGGAGGUAAAGGGAGACUGCUGCCCACAAUGCAAAUCAGUGCAGUGCCACCCAGACUGUUUGGUAUGCUCUCAGUCCUUUGACCACUGUGACGUCUGCCGGGAUGCAACAAAGCAACUGCAGAAUGGACGUUGUGUGGAGAACUGUGAAUCUGGAUUCUACAAGGAUGCUGGAGUUUGCUUAGCCUGCAAGGAAACAUGCCUGACUUGUACCAGUGGAUUUGAAUGUACAUCAUGCCAAGAAUCUAUGCUAAUGAAGCAUGGGCAGUGUGUGGCAUCAUGUGGGGAGGGAUUCUUCCAGGAUUAUUUCCACUGUGCAGCUUGUCACGAAUCCUGCUCCACCUGUUGGGGGCCUGCUGAGAACAACUGCUUGGCCUGCAAAGACCACUCUCAUGUAUUAAAAGCAGGGGUCUGUGUGACCAGCUGUGGCCAGGGGUUCUACAUCAGGAAUGGAAUCUGCAAUGCUUGUGACCAGUCCUGUGAAACAUGUUAUUCAGACCGACUGAGUUGUUUAACAUGCGCUUCAGAUAGGGUGCUCCACAGUGAGAAAUGCAUGUCAGAGUGCCCGGCCGGAUACUACGCAGGCAGCACCCGGAGAUGUAGAGCUUGCCAUGAGUCAUGUUCCACCUGCACUGGACCACUGGCCACUCACUGCACUUCCUGUCCCCUUUCCCUGGCAUUACGACAGGGCCAGUGUCUGUCUUCCUGUGGAGAGGGCUUUUAUCGUGACCAUGAUGUCUGCAAAGGUUGCCACCCAUCCUGUCAUGCUUGCAUUGGCCCAGAGAGCUUUCACUGCACACGGUGCAGGGAGCCAGAGGAGGCACUGCAGCUGGAACAGCACCUUGGGGGAGCUCUGCACGGUGUCUGCCUCCCUCAGUGCAACACUCAUUUCUACCUUGAUGUUGCUGGAGUGUGCAGACAGAUUUCUGCGAAGUAUACACCUACCUAUUGCCUAAGGGGAAAAGGCAAGCUAGCUGAGUGCCAUGCCUUGUGUUCAGCCUGUAUAGGCAGCACUCCCCAGAACUGCACAGCCUGUGCGUAUCCCCAGGUUCUUCAUGAUGGCAUGUGCCUCCUUGCAUGCCCAGAAGGACUGUACAGUCAGGAAGGUCAUUGCUAUGCCUGUCAUCCAUCCUGCAGGAAGUGCAGUGGUCCUUCAGACUUUGACUGCAUUGCCUGCCAUCCCCACACAGCUCUAGCUGAUGGAAAGUGCAGAACUAGCUGCAAGGAAGAGCAGUACCUCAACCUGGUCGGAUACUGUGUGGACUGCCAUCCCCUGUGCCAUCAAUGCGUGGCUGAUCUCCACAACACUGGCAGCAUCUGCCUCCAGUGCCAGAAUGCCCGUCACUUGUUACUGGGAGAUCACUGUGUUCCUGACUGUCCCAUGGGAUACUAUGCAGAAAAUGGAGCCUGUAAAAGGUGUCACCCCUCAUGCAAAACAUGCAGCGGCAGAAGCCCUUUCUCAUGCUCUUCCUGUGAAUCGAGUCUUGUUUUGUCCCACACUGGCUUGUGCACUUCAGCCUGCUUCCCUGGACACUACAGGGAUGGGAGCCAGGCAUGCAAACCUUGCAAUAGCCAGUGUCUGAGCUGUGAGUCGACGGCAGGCUGUACGUUAUGCAGAGACUUGACUAAAGUUCUGUUGUUUGGCGAAUGCCAGUAUGAAAGCUGCACUCAGCAGUAUUAUCUUGAUUUCCUCACUAAGACUUGCAGAGAGUGUGACUGGAGCUGUAAUGCUUGCAAAGGUCCCCAGAGGACAGACUGUCUACAGUGCAUGGAUGAUUUUGUUCUUCAUGAUGGGGCUUGUGUGGAACAAUGCCCACAAGGUUUCUACAAGGAAUCAGACAUUUGUCAGAGAUGUGAUGACCACUGCCUCCAGUGUCACCAACCAAUGGAGUGCACUCUUUGUGAAGCUCCAUUUUUUCUCUUGGAAACCCAGUGUGUCCGUGAAUGUGGGAAGAAAUAUUAUGAAGACCAUGUGAAGCAAAAAUGUGCAGCUUGCCCUGCAGGAUGCUUGGAGUGUGAUAAUGUCAGCCAGUGCCAAGUCUGUGAUACCACCACAUUUCUGAAGAACAACCUUUGUGUGUCUGAGUGUGGCCAUGAUUUCUAUGGUAACAGCAGGACUAGAAAGUGUGAAGCCAUCAAGCCUGCUUCUGUUCUCCUACUGAAAGGUUUGUUCACAGUGGGGAUUGGUGGGAUAAAGCCACUUGACUCUUCCGUCAUGGAUGUGCAUGAUGUGGAUGGCAAAGAUGGAGAGUUUCUGUUCCAUGUGGUCAGUGUUCCCACCAAUGGCAGGCUAGUGAUAAUGGUUGACAAGAAAGAGGUGCAACUGAACAAGGGUGACCAUUUCACUUGGGAGGAUGUACAGGAGAAGAGAGUCCGCUUUGUGCACAGCAAAGAAAAAUCCAGGAAAGGACAAUUUUCCUUGAAGGUCAGUGAUCAGCAGAACUUCUCUCAGCCGGAAGUGAUCACCGUUCAAGCAAUUUCAACACAGGCACCAUACAUGCUACGGAAUGAAGCCCUCUUUAUCAGCAGAGGGGAUAUUGCUGCUAUAACAGAUUUGCUCCUUGAUAUUCAAGACAAUGACAAUCCUCAGGAUGUAGUGGUAAUGGUUUUAGACCCUCCACAUCAUGGCCGGCUGGUCAAACCUCCAGGGGACGCAGCUUCUGAAGUCCAAGUAUUCAGCCUUCAUGAACUGGCCAGUGGACUCCUACAUUAUGCUCAUGAUGGCUCCGAUAGUCUGGAUGAUACAGUUGUUCUCCAAGUGAAUGAUGGGUACUAUUUUCAGAACGUUCUGUUCCACGUUAAGAUUGUUCCAAAGAGUGACAGAGGCCCACAACUGCUUACAAACUCCUUGGUGUGGGUCCCAGAGGGAGGAAUGCUGCAGAUCACUAACAGGAUUUUGCGAGCAGAGGUGCCUGGUGCCAGCGACUCUGAGAUCACCUAUGCAAUCAUCAAGGACCAGCCGCGAUAUGGUGAAGUGGUCCUUCUGUUACCCAUGCCAGCAGAUGGCCCAGCUGAAUCAUGGCAGCGCUUACCAGAUGGAAGAGCAGCCACACCAACUAUGUCCUUCACUCAGCGGGACAUCAAUGAAGGCAUUGUGUGGUACAAGCACUCUGGAUCUCAAGUAGAAAGUGAUUCCUUCCAUUUCCAGGUAUCCAGUGCUACUGCUCCACAAACCCAUUUGGAAACCCACAUGUUCAACAUUGCUGUUCUCCCACACACACCCAAGACACUGCAGCUUUCCCUUGGGUCCUCUCUGCAUAUGACAGCACUGGAGGAUCGUGUGACAGUGAUUGAGCCACAUCACCUCUCCUUUGUAGACCCGGAGAGUCCAAGUGAGAAAAUUGUCUUCAAUGUGACUGUACCUGUGUCACCAAAUCAAGGUGUGGUGGAACACAGAGACAGGCCUCUCUCCCCCAUCAAGUAUUUCACACAGGCAGAUAUUAACCAGGGCAAGAUUGCUUACCGCCCGCCUGCUGCCGCCCCACACAUGAGAGAGAUUACUGCGUUCUCUUUUUCUGGUCUCCCAGAAUCAGUGAACUUUCGUUUUAUAGUGUCUGACGGAGAACACGUAACCCCCGAGAUGGCAUUUACGAUUCAUUUGGACUCAGUGGGUCAGCAACCUCCUGUGUUCCAGACCACCGUUCCGUUUCUGAAGGUCAGCCAGGGUGGCAAGGCUACUCUCGGGGUUCAGCUGGAAGUAAGUGAUGUGGACACAGCUCCUGAAGAUCUCUUCUUUGAGCUGGUGGAACCUCCUCGCCAUGGGGUUCUACUCAAAAACCGCACCAGAGUUCAUGACCACUUGAGAGCAGGUGAUACUUUCACGUACGAAGACAUCACCCAAAAUGCUUUGCAGUAUGUGCACGAUGGCUCAUCUGCAGCAGAGGACAGCAUGGAAAUCUCUGUGACCGAUGGCGUUACCACUGCAACUACUGUACUGAGAGUGGAAGUAUCACUGAUGGACAGCAACAGUCCACGGUUAGCUCCAGGCUGCUUGCUGACUGUCACAGUGGAUAGUAAAAGCUCUGUGACAUUUUCUCGGUCACACCUAGCUUACAUUGAUAAUAAUUCUCCCGACUCAGAGAUCACAAUUCAAUUAAUAUCUCUGCCUAUGUACGGCACCCUUUUACGGGCCUCUGGACUGUAUAAUGGGGAGCUUGUGGAAGUUUAUAAUUUCACAAUGGAAGAUAUCAACAAUCAGAAGAUCAGAUACACAACUGCAUUUGAGACCAGUGAUCAGCCAGUCACUGAUAUUUUCCACUUUUCUGUCUUCGAUGCUGACAACAAUCAGCUUGACAGCCAGAUGUUUACCAUCACCAUCACACCUGUUCAUAACAGACCAUCGGUCAUUGCUUUUGCUGAUCAUAUUACUGUUGAUGAGGGAGGGAGGGUCCCGUUGUCCAUUCACCAACUCCUAGCCACUGACUACGAUACAGCCAUGGAAGAGCUAGUGGUUACAAUAAUCACUCUACCCAUAUAUGGGUGCAUUGAAAACACAAAGACAGGUGCUGUUUUUGGUCCUGGGGGCACAGCAGACUCAGGUGCAUCAUUCCCCAUUCAAGAUGUGCUAGAGAACCAUGUGUACUACUUUCAGAGCGUCCAUGAAAGUGUUGAGCCAACACAUGACCUCUUCCGCUUCUCUGUGAGCAGCAGCUCCAUCCUGCCUGAGACAUGGAGCAUCAACAUCACCAUUCAGCGACAGAACGAUGAGCCCCCAAAGAUGGUGCUGGAACCUGUGAGAGUCCGUGAGAGCUUGGGAGUGGUGAUCAGCAACACUUCCCUGAGCCUGCAGGACUUGGACACGCCAGAUAACGAGCUUGUUUUUGUUGUUACCCAAAAGCCCAGACACGGUCACCUGCGCAGGAGACAGUCUUGCCUGGAACCUCUGGAGAAUGGGCGCAUUCUGUCACAGGGCUCAUCCUUUACCUACCAAGAUGUUCUGGACAAGCUGAUCGUUUACACGCUAGCUGGUGCUGAGGCAUGGUCGGAUGAAUUCAGAUUCUCCCUCACAGAUGGACUGUACACUGAGAUGGGGAGGGUGGAGUUCUCCAUGGAGCUGCCAAAGAAUGAGCCACCUAGAUUAGCUGUGAACAGAGGCCUGCAGCUUCCAGCUGGCUCAGUAGCACGCAUCACAGAUCAGCACUUAAAAGCAGCAGAUAUUGAUUCAGAUGACCUGAAGCUCAGAUACGUCAUGAAGAAAGAUCCCAGUAGUGGGCGUCUGCAGCUGACUAAAAUUGAUAACCUGGUCCAGAUCUCUGUCAAGGGACCUGUCAAAAGUUUCACCCAAGUUGAUAUAAAUAAAGGGCAAGUGGAAUACAGUCAUGAAAAAGGGGAGCCAGGUGGGAGCUUUGCUUUUAACUUUGAUGUGAUCGAUGCAGAAGGCAACAAACUGAUGGACCAGUCAUUCUAUAUUAGCGUCUUGGAGGAUAGGCUCCCUCCGUCCAUCAUUGCUAACAAAGGCUUGGUCUUGGAUGAAAAUUCAGUGAAGAAGAUCACGACACUGCAGCUCUCUGCCACAGACCAGGACAGCGAGCCUGCCAAGCUCCUGUACAGAAUAACAAAACAGCCGCAGCUGGGGCACCUGGAGCAUGCCGCUUCACCAGGCACAAGGAUUAGCUCAUUCAGCCAAGCAGACCUGGCCUCUCGCAGUAUCCAGUACAUCCACACCAGUGAGGUUGAGAGACAUUCUGACUCAUUUACUUUCUCUGUCUCUGAUGGAGUGAAUGAGGUGAGUCAAACAUUUGACAUCACCAUAAACCCAGUGGAUGACUCCUUGCCUGUGGUGCAGAAUCCAGGGAUGAGGGUUCAGGAAGGGGUGAGAAAAACCAUCACAGAGUUUGAGCUUAAAGCCACAGAUGCUGACACAGAGGCUGAAUUGGUUACAUUCACCAUCGUGCAGCCCCCUCGGCAUGGCGUGGUUGAACGCACCCACAAUGGUCAGCACUAUCGCCAGACCACCUCCUUCACCAUGGAUGAUAUCUUCCAGAACCGGAUCAGUUACAGCCACGAUGGCAGCAACUCUCUGAAGGACCGUUUCACCUUCACCGUGUCUGAUGGGACCAACCCCUUCUUUGUUGUGGAAGAUGGAGGGAAGGAGAUUGUGACAGCGGCACCCCAGCGGUUCAAAGUGGACAUUCUCCCCGUGGAUGAUGGGACACCCAGAAUUGUCACCAACUUGGGCCUGCAGUGGCUGGAGUACAUGGAUGGCAAGGCAACCAAUCUGAUCACCAAGAAGGAAUUAUUGACAAUGGAUCCCGACACAGAGGACAAGCAGCUGAUUUAUGAGAUAACAGCUGGCCCCAAGCAUGGCUAUGUGGAGAGCAAGCUGAGACCAGGAAUAGCUGUGACUACCUUUACUCAAGAGGAUGUGAACCUGGGGCUGGUUCAAUACGUGUUGAAUGAUGAGAAGAUUCAGGAAACAAUGGACAGCUUUCAGUUUCUAGUGAAGGACAGCAAACCCAAUAUGGUCAGUGACAACAUUUUCCAUAUCCAGUGGUCUCUCAUCAGCUUUGAAUAUACCAGCUACAACAUCAGCGAAAAAGCCAGCUCUGUCAGCAUCACAGUGAAGAGGAUCGGAAACCUCAACCAAUAUGCCAUUGUCCUGUGCCGCACAGAACAGGGCACUGCCACCUCCAGCUCUAGCAUCCGUUCAGAACCAGGACAGCAGGAUUAUGUGGAGUAUGCAGGCCAGGUGCAGUUUGAUGAGCGGGAGGACACCAAGGCCUGCACUGUUCUCAUAAAUGAUGAUGACGUCUUUGAGAACAUUGAGAGCUUCACUGUUGAGCUCAGUAUGCCAGCCUAUGCUUUGCUGGGCGAGAUCACCCAGGCCAAAGUCGUCAUCAAGGAUACAGAGGAUGAGCCCACUUUACAGUUUGAUAGGAAGACUUACUAUGUCAAUGAGAGUGCUGGCUUCCUGUCUGCACCCAUAGAAAGGAAAGGGGAUGCCAGCAGCAUUGUGUCAGCUGUUUGCUACACUACUCCCAAAUCUGCUAAGGGCAGCAGCCUUUAUGCCCUGGAGUCUGGCUCUGACUUUAAAUCCAGAGGGAUGUCGCAUGAGAACCGUGUCAUUUUUGGACCUGGUGUCACCAUGUCAACCUGUGACAUCAAACUGAUUGAUGACAGUGAGUACGAGGAGGAGGAGGAGUUCGAGAUCGCCCUGGCAGAUGCCUCUGACAAUGCGCGCAUUGGGAGCCUGGCUUCAGCCAGAGUUCUCAUCAGUGGCCCCAAUGACGCCUCCACCGUGUUCCUGGGAAAUGCUAGUUUCACGGUCAGUGAGGAUGCAGGUACCAUUGAGAUCCCUGUUAUACGGCAUGGUACAGACCUGUCAACCCCCACGUCAGUGUGGUGCGCCACUCGGCUUUCUGAUCCACCCUCUGCCAGUCCAGGAAUUGACUAUAUACCCAGCUCCAAGAAAGUGGAGUUCAGGCCAGGCAGAACUGAAGAGUAUUGCACCUUGACAAUCCUGGAUGAUGCUCAGUACCCAGUGAUUGAAGGGCUGGAGACUUUUGUUGUAUAUCUGAGCUCACCCCAAGGGGCGGAAUUGACUAAACCUUUCCAAGCUAUUGUGGCCAUUAAUGACAUCUUCCAAGAUGUACCCAACAUGCAGUUUGGCAAGGACUUGUACACGGUAAAGGAGAAGGAAGGUGUCCUGCAUAUUCCUGUUAUCCGUAGUGGAGACCUGAGCUAUGAGUCCUCUGUCAGAUGCUACACCCGGAGUCAAACGGCAGAAGUCAUGGAGGACUUUGAGGAGAGAAGAGAUGCAGAGGACUCUCGCAUCACCUUCCUGAAAGGGGAGAAGGUGAAAAACUGCACUGUCUACAUUAAUGAUGACUCUGCAUUUGAGCCAGAGGAACAGUUCAGGGUCUAUCUUGGCAGCCCCAUGGGAAACCACUGGAGUGGAGCUAGAAUGGGAAAGAACACCAUGGCCACCAUUACUGUUUCCAAUGAUGAAGAUGCACCCACCAUUGAGUUUGAAGAGACUGCCUAUCAAGUCCGGGAACCUCCUGGCCCCGAAGGCAUUGCUAUUUUGAACAUCAAAGUGGUCAGGAGAGGGGACCUGAACAGGACCUCAAAGGUCCGAUGCAGCACACGUGAUGGCUCAGCUCAGUCUGGAGUUGACUACUAUCCAAAGAGCCGGGUCCUCAAGUUCAGCCCUGGUGUGGACCACAUCCUGUUUAAGGUGGAGAUUAUGUCCAACGAAGACCGGGAGUGGCAUGAGUCCUUUUCUCUGGUGCUGGGCCCUGACGAUCCAGUGGAAGCUGUUCUUGGAGACACCGCCACUGCGAUAGUGACUAUUUUGGAUCAGGAGGCAGCAGGGAGCCUUAUUUUGCCAGCUCCUCCCAUCGUAGUUACCCUGGCAGACUAUGACCAUGUGGAGGAAGUGACCAAAGAGGGUGUGAAGAAAUCCCCUUCACCAGGCUAUCCACUGAUCUGUGUAACGCCUUGCGAUCCGCACUUCCCCAAGUACACCGUCAUGAAGGAGCGCUGUGAUGAAGCUGGGAUCAACCAGUCUUCAAUCCAGUUCAGCUGGGAAGUGGCAACCCCCACGGAUGGGAAUGGAGCCAGGUCACCUUUUGAAACCAUUACAGACAACACGCCAUUCACUAGCAUCAACCACAUGGUGCUGGACAGCAUUUACUUCAGCCGGCGGUUCCAUGUGCGCUGCGUGGCAAAAGCUGUGGACAAGGCUGGCCACGUGGGGACUCCACUGAGAAGCAACAUUGUUACCAUAGGGACAGACAGUGCCAUUUGUCACACCCCAGUAGUAGCUGGAACAGCCCGAGGCUUCCAGGCACAAUCUUUCAUUGCCACACUGAAGUAUCUGGAUGUCAAACACAAGGAGCAUCCUAACAGAAUCCAUAUUUCAGUGCAAAUUCCCCACCAGGAUGGAAUGCUUCCUCUCAUCUCCACAAUGCCUCUGCACAACCUGCAUUUCCUGUUAUCUGAGUCCAUCUACAGACACCAGCAUGUCUGCUCAAACCUGGUUACCAUCAGUGACCUUAAAGGCAUCUCAGAAGCAGGAUUCCUGGAUGAGGUGACUUAUGACAGCCUCAUUCUGGGUCCCGGGUAUGAUCGUCCCUAUCAAUUUGACCCCACCGUGAGAGAGCCAAAGACAAUCCAGCUUUACAAGCAGCUCAACUUAAAGAGCUGCAUUUGGACCUUUGAUGCUUACUAUGACAUGACAGAAUUAAUUGAUGUCUGUGGAGGAUCUGUCACUGCUGACUUCCAGGUGCGAGAUUCUGCUCAGUCCUUCCUAACAGUCCACGUCCCGCUCUAUGUAUCAUACAUCUAUGUGACAGCACCUAGAGGUUGGGCCUCUCUCGAGCACCACACAGAGAUGGAAUUUUCCUUCUUCUAUGACACCGUUCUCUGGAGGACAGGAAUCCAGACAGACAGUGUUCUUUCUGCAAGGCUGCAGAUAAUACGAAUCUAUAUCCGAGAGGAUGGCCGCCUGGUGAUAGAAUUUAAGACCCAGGCCAAAUUCAGAGGACUUUUUGUAAUGGAGCAUCACACACUGCCGGAUAUGAAGUCUUUUAUAAUGACACCAGACCACCUGGGGGGGAUUGAAUUUGAUCUACAGUUGCUGUGGAGUGCUCAGACUUUUGACUCUCCCUAUCAGCUCUGGAGGGCGACCAGCUCCUAUAACAGGAAAGACUACUCGGGGGAGUACACAAUCUACUUAAUCCCUUGUACUGUGCAGCCCACACAGCCAUGGGUUGACCCAGGAGACAAGCCAUUGGCCUGCACUGCUCAUGCUCCAGAAAGAUUUUUGAUCCCAAUUGCUUUCCAGCAAACAAACCGCCCAGUUCCUGUUGUCUACUCCCUGAACACAGAGUUUCAGCUUUGUAAUAAUGAGAGAGUGUUUUUGAUGGAUCCCACCAAAUCUGAGAUAUCUUUGACAGAAAUGGAUUACAAAGGAGCCUUUUCAAAAGGUCAGAUCCUGUAUGGCCGUGUGCUUUGGAAUCCAGAACAAAACCUCAAUGCAGCUUACAAACUGCAGCUGGAAAAAGUCUAUCUCUGUACUGGCAAGGAUGGUUAUGUGCCUUUCUUUGACCCAACGGGAACAAUCUAUAACGAAGGGCCACAGUAUGGCUGUAUUCAACCCAACAAGCACCUAAAGCACAGAUUUCUUCUCCUGGACCGAAACCAACCAGAAGUAACUGAUAGGUACUUCCAUGAUGUACCUUUUGAUGCUCACUUUGCCUCUGAAUUGUCUGAUUUCCACUCAGUGAGCAGCAUGCCAGGAGUGGAUGGAUUUACUAUGAAAGUGGAUGCUCUCUACAAGGUGGAAGCUGGACACCAGUGGUAUCUCCAAGUGAUCUACGUAAUUGGCCCCGAGACUAUUGCAGGGCCCCGUGUCCAACGUUCCCUCACUCACCGCCUGAAACGUGGGCGCAGGGACCUUGUAGAUAACAACGGCAGGCUUAUCCUGGAUGACUCAUUGAUUUAUGACAAUGAAGGUGACCAAAUCAAGAAUGGCACCAACAUGAAGUCAUUGAGUCUGGAGGUACAGGAAGCAGUUGCAGCUGCCUCCUUCUCACAGACAGGUGCCUCCAUAGGAACUGCUUUAGCUGCCAUCAUGCUGCUGCUGCUUGUGCUUCUGAUAAUUUGCUUCAUAACCAGGAAAUGUCAAAAGCAGCAGAAGAAGAAAAAGCCCACCAAAGAUGUCACGGAGGAAUAUCCCCUGAACACCAAGAUACAGGUGCCUAAGAAAAACCCAGAGAGGGUAGAGAAGAAUGUAAACAGACAGUACUGCACUGUGAGGAAUAUCAAUAUACUAAGUGAAAAUGAGGGUGCAUACAAGAUCAAAGGUGCAAAGGUCAAACAGGUGAACUUAGAGGUCAAAGUUCAUAACAAUCUACAUGAUGGAACAGAAGUUUAAUGAAGUGCACAUCUUUUUGUAAAAGCUUUUUAUAAAUUGUGAAAAAUUGAAAUCAUAAACUGGUAUUUUUAUAAUCUUGUGGAAAAAGGGAAGACUAUAGCUUUGAGUGGUGGACAGCAAUACAUCCUCACAGGCUUCAACUCACAACUGAGCUACCUCAUUAAAAGUAGAACAGUAAAACACCCAGGGCAGAAAAAAUGGUAUCUCUACCAACAAGUUUAUUCAGUUUUAGGCUGCACAAUGUUCAUAGCAACAUCCAUAGCAGUCAGAUAUUUACCCAAAUUUGAAUAGUUCCUAUAUGAAGUCCACCAAUCCUGAAAUGGAGGGUUACAGGGGAAUAGUGCAACAACCCUAUAUCAGACACAGUAUUAUAGGAAAGAAGCUUAUUAAAGAAUUGGAAUCUAUUAUGUUCCACUCUGUACUGUUUUCCUUUUUGUACCUCCUCUCUUUUGUUGGACUGCAUCAGACAGAACAUGACAAUUUUGACCAAGAAUGCAGACAUGCAGCCAGUACUGUAACUAAUGUCGUUUCUUAUUGAUGGUUGAUCUUUAUGGAGGUAAAAUGCUCUGAGAGGAGGUCACCUCAUGCAGAGGGUGGCACUGUGCAUCAUUCGAACGGAGUGCUAGUGUGCUUGCAGCCUUCUGCACCUGAGUGACUGUCACUCUAAAAGAACAGUGAGAGAAGCCUUUACUGUUCUGUGGCCUAGAGGUCCACCAUUGAAUCUGGACCCGCUGAAAUCAAUGGGAAGUUAGCCACUGACUUCAGCAAGGCCAGGAUUUCAUCCUUUCCCCAUUAGACCACCACAUCCCUUUUCCAACUUUCUGAACUUUGCAACCCAAAGAAUUGCAUCCUUGCAAAUAUUGUAAAAAGGUUUUUGGAACUCACAUCAACAUGCGUAGGCACCAGCGUAGGGUUCAUGAACGUCAUCUUAUUCCCAAAGGUAUCAGGAGAAAAGUAUGUUUUACUGAAGAACCACAACUUCAAACAGAGCAGGCCCAACCAGCCCAGAAUGUGUAUAUAGCAAAUACAGAGUUAGAAGAAGAAGGUGAAGCAGAUGACGUAUACAUUAUGGAUACUUCCAGCAAUAUUUCUGAAAAUGUAACUGUGUACAGCUGUUUAGAGAUAAAAUGGGCUUGUCAGAGCAUCGCUUUUUGCUUCAUGGGGUAGGAAAUAUCUUCGUUUGCUCAGUCUAAUAGUAGCACUAGCAAUUGUGAUGUGAUUGAGAUGGAAUCCAACUCUGCACAGUUAUAUGGAUUAAAUUGUUUAAUUACUCCAGUCACAGUGGAAAUUUCUCAAAAUGUAAAGGUUACGCAGAUGCAUGUGAAUGAUCUUCCCAAGGAGCCCUCAAGCAGUGGAAGCAGUGAAUUAAAAAAGAGAAGAACAGCUAGUCCUCCUCUUAACCAAAAAUAAAAACAGAAGUAGAUCCAGAACCUGUAAUGCCAUCAGGUUCAUUAAAUCUUCCUCUUAGCAUUUCAACAGCUGAGAGUUUACCUUUUCACAAAGAAAAAAGUGUGUAUUUGUCAUCUAAAUUAAAACAACUGCUUCAGACACAGGAUGGUAAUAAGAUAACUCCAUCAACUGAAAUCCCUAAAUUAGGACCUGCUGCAUCUUCACCCAUUUUGCCUCCAGUUUCUAGUAGGUUUAAGAGAAGAACCAGCCCUUCUCCUAGUUCUCCGCAGCACAGUCCAGCCCUUCGGGACUUUGGCAAACUGGGUGAUGGGAAAACUGUGUGGAAGGAUACAGUUCUAGGUUCAAAGAUGCCAAAGUUAGAAAGCCACAGCAACUCGCCUGCAUGGAGCUUGACUGGAAGGGAGGAAAAAGAAUCCAUGAGUCCUCUUUGCUUUGAAGACUACAAAAUAUCUAAGGAAUGGGCAGGCCCUCCUACCUUUGGUAACGUGUGCAACCACCAGCCAUCAGAUUUGUCCAGUGGUGUCACCAAGAGCCCCCUUUCGGGGACUAAAAUGUCUUUAUACAAACGCCAGGAGUAUGGGGAACAAGCAAGAGGAGCUCACACUCUUGCUUGCUAGCACCCAGUAUGACCUAGUCAGACUAACCGAAACAUGGUGGGAUUCUAC